AAGAGGCUUUUCUCUCAGCGGAGCCCGCACCUCUCUGGUCGCCCCGAAGCCGCGUCGCCUGCCUUUCGGAGUGCUUGCAUACUAGUUGUCUCACUGACUCCUCAGAGCUGGCUGGAAGCAGAAUGGCUGUGCUUAAUCAGAAGUCUGUCCUGGAUAUGAUUAAAGAGUUUAGAAGGAAUUGGCAUGCUUUUUGCAACUCUGAGAGAACUACUCUAUGUGGUGCAGAUUCCAUGCUCUUGGCCUUGCAGCUUUCCAUGGCAGAGAACAACAAACAGCACAGAGGAGAAUUCACAGUCUCUCUCAGCGAUGUCAUAUUGACCUGGAAAUACUUAGUACAUGAGAAAUUGAAUUUACCAGUUGAAAAUAUGGAAGUGCUUCACCAUUAUGAGAACGUUAAGAAGACCUAUGAUAAUUUCUUGAAGAAGAGUAACAUGCUGGAUCUGAUUGAUGUUUAUCAAAGAUGUAGGAUUUUAACUUCUAAUUGUGAAAAUAAUAACGUUAUAUCUCCUAGUCAGCUACGGGAUUUUCUGUUUGGCAAACAGUAUGCAGUAGAUGAAACUGAUUUUUAUGUGCCAGUAUCACCAAUGGGUAAAGAUAACCAGGAUAAAGAAAAGAUGCAACUAGUGGCAAGGAAAAUUAUAUUUUCAUAUUUAAACCUGCUAGUGAAUUCAAAGAAUGACCUGGCUGUGGCUCAUAUCCUCAAUAUUCCUGAUAGAGGGCUUGGAAGAGAAGCCUUCACUGAUUUGAAACAUGCUGCUCAAGAGAAACAGAUGUCUAUCUUUUUGGUGGCCACAUCAUUUAUUAGAGCAAUAGAGCUCGGAGGGAAAGGAUAUGCACCAUCACCAUCUGAUCCUUUAAGGACACAUGUAAAGGGAUUGUCUAAUUUUAUUAAUUUCACUGACAAACUAGAUGAGAUUCUUGGAGAAAUAUCAAAUCCAAGCAUUGCAGGGGGUCGAAUACUGUCAGUGAUAAAGAUGCAGCUGAUUAAAGGCCAUAACAGCAGGGAUCCUUUUUAUGAAGCAGUAGAGGAAGUUGCUGAGGAUUUGGAUUUGAGGAUUAAAAAUAUUAUCAAUUCUCAACAAGGAGGUGUAGCUGUUAGCACCACUGACAUCAGUCCUGCACGGCCAAAAUCUCAUGCCAUAAACCAUGGCACUGCAUAUUGUGGCAGAGAUACUGUGAAGACUUUACUAGUUCUUUUGGAUGAAGAAGCAGCCAGUGCUCCUACCAAAAACAAAGCAGAGCUUUUAUAUGAUGAUGAAAACACAACUUAUCAUAAUGGAAUUUCUAUUCUUACACUUUUUAGAUCUCCUACCCAAGUGAGUAAGUCAUUGAUGGAACCGUUAAGAGAACGUAUCCAUAAAUCGAUACAAGAGAAAAAAAUUAAGAUGAAACAAACCUUAAUUAGAUCCCAGUUUGCUUGUACUUAUAAAGAUGAAUGCAUGAUAAACAAGGAUAAUUGGAAUAAUGUUAACUCCACAUCAAAGCCUUUGCAUGUUCUUCACAUGGAAACUGACCUUUCUGAGGGUAUAAAUUCACCUGUUGGAAGAUCAUCAAUUGGAACAAGCUUUGGAAAUGUUCAUCUGGACAGGACUAAAAAUGAAAAAUUAUCCAGAAAAUCAAGUAGUCAGACAGGAAAUAAAACCUCAAAAAGGAAACAGGUGGAUUUGGAUGGUGAAAACAUUCUCUAUGAUAAUGGAAAUGAACCACCUCAGCAUAAAAAUGAUAAGAUACCCAGGACAUCUGACAAUUCACAGAAUAAAUUGGAAUGCAAACUAGCCAGACUAGCAAAAGGCAGUAAGUGUACCACCAAGAACAAAUUGAUUGUUGGCCAGACAAAGUUAACUAGGUUUUUUAGACUAUGA